UGAAACAAGACUUAAUAACAAACAAACAAACAAAAAAUAAAAUAAAAUAACGCUACAGAAAAUGCACUUUCACGACAGAGCAGCUAUAUCAUCCGUCGUCCCAGAUAAUAUUUUGUUCAUCGAAUGGAAUUCUCAAAUCGAAUACUUCACGUACAGUGCUGACCUCAAAAUCCAUUCCUGGGAUGGCAUCGCCAAGGACAGUUCCAUUAAGACAAUUACCCUAAACAAUGGCACUCACAUCUUGGACAUUGACUGCAUGAAUAUCAGCCAGCAAAGCAUGGAUCAUCGCAAAAAAUCCAGUGAAACAUUUGCUAUUGGGACAUCAGAUGGAAAAUGCUACAUCAUGCACAAAACGGGAAGAACGGAGCGGGUUAUCGAUGCUCACAAAGGUGCAGUCAUGAACGCCAAGUGGAAUCACGAUGGUACCAGUUUGCUUACAUCUGGCGAAGAUGGCCAACUCAAGAUAUGGUCCAGGAGUGGCAUGCUCAGAAGUACUCACACACAACGAGAUUCGCCCAUCUAUUCGGCCGUUUGGUCUCCAUUCUCAACCGGAGUAUUGUACUCGUCAGGCAAAACCAUAACUAUCCAGUACUUUGCAGCCAACAGUAAGACCCUGCAGUGGAAGGCGCACGAAAGCGUUGUGCUCGUUGUGGCUUGGAGUCCGAUAUCCAACUUGAUCGCUAGCGGUAGUGAAGAUUGCCACUUUAAGAUUUGGGAUCCAAUGGGCCAGCUGUUGUUCAAAAGUGCCCCCCGACUUUAUCCGAUUACAUCCAUCGCUUGGUCACCUGACGGAGCUUUCUGCGCCUUUACUACUUUCUCAUCUGUAUGUGUUUCGUCUGCCUACGGGAGCGAUAUACUUGAAGGCUCCAUGGACGGUGAUGGAAUCUCUUCUGUAUGUUGGUCACCGGAAGGAUCCCAGCUGGUGGUUGGGAAUUCCACUGGAAGAAUUCAGAUAUCUCAUCUGGUCAAAGGGGGCCUCACUUGGGCUAGCUAUAACGUGACCAAGAUCGCUCCCAACACGCUCCAGCUACGAGAUCAUUUCAACGAAACGGUCGAGUUACUCGAAUUUAGAGACGACGUCAUUCUGUGGUCAUUCAAGUAUGGCUACCUCCUUCUAGUCAACCAAACUCAUUGCCUCAUACACAAAGAAAAUGGCUGGAACAGUCCGAUUACGGUCGAAUUGCGAGACAAGUGUCCCCAGUUCAUCAAACAAACAGAGAAGUAUUUCUUAAUAAUGGAUUGUGGAAUCGUGUACGUCUUCUCCUACGAUGGAGCUCUACAGGGGACGCCGAGGAUCUCUAACCAACGAUUGACGACGUUAACGGCCGAUCACGUCACGGCCGCCAGAGAGGUGAUAGCCACCCGUAAUUCGAGUGACGGUAAAUCGAUUCAUUGCUGUCAUUAUCGCACUGGCAAGCCGGUGUACGGCGACAAGCCAUUGGUGCAUAGCGGACAGGUGACCAAAUUGGAAUUGGAUCCCGGCUCACCAACGGGCGAUCAACUUUUAGCUUUCACCGACGCAGCCCGCGAUCUUUACCUGCUGUCUUUAUCAUCAGGUUUAAACCGAGUUCGUUCUUCUCUCAAAAUUGCUGGAGGUGUGACGUCGUUCGCUUGGAAUUGCGAUUGUUCCAUGCUGGUUAUGAUAAGAGAAGAAGAAUUGUGCGUGGUACCUUAUCCGCCGGCUGUACCCAAUGAUCCAGCACUCCUCGACAAGUUCACCAUUCGUCAAAACAUCCGAGAGUACGGCAAGCACGUUAGCAUCGAAAGCUUCGUCGGCCACCAAGUUACGUUACAACGCGGAGACGGGCUAACGUUUCCCGUUUAUCUAUCACCUUAUCCAUCCAAGUUACAGCAAUUCGUGUCCAACGGCCAAUGGGACAGCGCCCAACGACUAUGUAGUUCCAUCAAAAUGGAAAUCUUGUGGGUCUGCCUGGCGGCCAUGGCCGUGCAUUACAAACAGUUGGACGCCGCCCAAGUCGCUUUCGCAGCACUGCGUGAGACGGAUAAGAUCCUCUACAUUGACGCCAUCAAAAAGAUGAAUAACGUGGCCAUGAUCAAGGCGGAGACUGCGCUCUUGCAGAACGGACGCACCGAAGCUGAAACUAUUCUCCUUCAGGCUGGACUACCUCUGAAAGCCAUUAUGUUGAAUUUGCAGUUGUUCCAGUUUGAAAAAGCUCUAGAGCUAGCGGUCAAGCACGAUUCCAACAUCGACGUGGUGGUCGCCUAUCGGCGCAAAUACCUGGAGCAAUUCGGUUGGACGGAAACCAUUCCUCGCUUUAUUGAAUACGCUAAGAAAGUCGACAUCGACUGGGACGCUAUCGAAGAAAAACUAGUGGAUGAAUGAUGACCCCGAUGUUAACUAUACAAUCCACCGGGCUUUGUGUGCCAUCUUAUCAGCAUAUUCAUCAAUUGCCAUUGCGAAAUUUACAUGCGCAAAAAGAAUAGCCAUUCUUUGUAGAGUUACACAAUACAACACUAUAAAGCAAU